AGCGCGUACGUGCGCUGAUGAACGUAGCCACCUGCUCCCGCCACCAAGCCGCGAUCCGACCACAUGUGCGUGCGACUUCGACAACAACAAACUACAAGAUGCCAGCGUGUAGCGUCCAGCGUUCCCGUUUGGAAUCCGAUUGGCUGUCCAACGAACGUCACAAGAGAAAGAGCCCGUGUGUGAUUGGUUGAAUGGAUUUAAUGGCCGGAAUUGUUCUGGAAAGCUGAAAAUAAAUGUGGUCCAAGUCAAGUACUGUGAGGUAAAACAUCAGCAAGGGACCAUGGAUGAAUCUUCUCAAACCCUAGUAGAGAAAUCAUUCACGUUUGAGGACUGUGGAGGCUCUCAGUCCCUAACUGUGUCUAUUCCUGAGGUUCUUGAUCCACAAUAUGGGAUGUAUGUUUGGCCCUGUGCGGUGGUACUGUCCCAGUAUGUGUGGAGGGCAAGAAGAGAACUACAACACAAGACCGUUCUUGAGCUCGGUGCUGGAGUGAGUUUGCCUGGUGUGGUGGCUGCCAAGUGUGGAGCUCGUGUGAUUUUGUCAGACAGUGCGGAGCUCCCCCUCUGCCUGAGGAACUGCAGGCGCUCCUGUGACGUCAACCAGCUCCCCAACGUGCCUGUGAUCGGACUCACCUGGGGACAGGUAUCUCCAGAGCUCCUCUCGCUGCCACCUGUGGAUGUUAUCUUGGGAUCAGACGUAUUCUAUGAACCUGAAGAUUUUGAAGAUGUGCUUGUGACAGUCUCCUUUAUUGUGAGGAGAAACCCUCACGCUCAGCUCUGGACUACCUACCAGGAGAGAAGUGCGGACUGGUCCAUAGAUGCCUUGUUACUUAAAUGGGAUCUGAAGUGCAUUAAUGUUCCGUUAGAAACGUUUGAUGCAAACAAAAACCAUCUCGCUGGAUCAACGCUUCCAGGGAAUCAUACUGUACAAAUGAUGAUUAUAACAAGACAAGUGCUUUAAUACAUGUGUUUGAAUUUCAUAAACUUUUAUAUAAUGUGAAAAUCUUUUUCAAAUAGUGUCCAACUCCAUCCAGAACAUUACACAUGACCUGAUAAAGAUCUGCCCUGCAUUUUCCUCCUCCACUUCAAAAUGCCAGAUUAUUACCAAAAUGUUUAUUUGAAAUUAUGCUAAUAUGUAUACACAAUAAAUUAAGCACAUUUUGCGAUGACAUUAAGAUGUAAGGAUUUAAUAUUCCAUUUAUUGAAGAUCCAAAAAUAAAGCCACAGAACAAAGUUCCUUGUAUAGUUUAAGAGACUCCCAAUUUUCCAAAUUGCGGAGCAAAGUAAACAAACUUUGUAAGACGACAGCAUUUAUGCCACCAAAAAUGUAUGUGCAGAUGCUGCUUGACUUCGGCAACAGCUGCAAUCUGGAGAAAACCGGAAACAGCCAAGCACUCAGCACUGCAACACCGCAUCUUAACAGCUAGACAACUGCACCUAGUGCACAAAACACUGGGUUAGAACCCAAAUAUCACACAUGAAAGGCUGAAUAAACUAAAAAAAAUGGUUUAACAUCAGGACUGUAAUAUACAGUAAAAAGAACACAA